GUUUCACUUGGAAGGGUCUUUACCUGAAGCAAACAAAAGGCACAACAAGUGGAACGAAAGCGAUGAACGAUGACGACGAGCGCAACGAAGGAGAGUAAGACACAGUUUUGUUGCAUUUCCCACGAAUUCUUCCGAAUAGCCUCCGAAAACCCUAACAAAAUUGCAGUGGUUCACGCUUCCGGCGUCGCCAGCCUUUCCCGAGAGUUUCGCCGCACUCCCAACUUCGACGAAGACGGAGACAUUGCCACGCUCCUGGAAAAGCGCGUCGAAUCCACGUCUCCGCCGCUGUACUACGGCGACCGCUGCUUCACUUUCUCUCAUCUCUCCAACGCCGUUCGUUCCCUCGGUUCCCGCCUCCGCUCUAUCCUGCUUGGUGCGGAUGACGCGCACUUGAUCAUAGCAAAAUCCCAAGGUAAUGAUGAUGUUAAGCAUGAAGAGGGAACUUUACAGACACCUGAGUCCUUGGAAACUAUCAUGCCUAGUGAAGAGGCGGUGGCCGAAUCAAGUGAAGAGUAUAGACCAAAGAUAGUGGGGAUUUAUAUGCCUCCUUCUGUUGAAUAUAUUGUUGCUGUUCUUUCAGUACUGAGGUGUGGGGAAGCCUUCUUGCCUCUGGAUCCUUUUUGGCCAAAUGAAAGGAUAUUGUCUGUUGCUUCUUCUUCAAAUGUUGAUCUCAUGAUAGGGUCCCAAUCUUCUUUUGGUAAAAAUAACUCAGACAAGCUUGAUGAAUCACAUUGGCUGGUAAAGUCAAUUGGUUGUCCUGUUUUGAAUUACUCCAUCGAUGAAAACCUUCAGGUAUGUAGUGGUUCAACAGAUUUAGCAUGGCCUUGUGCCAAUGAAAAACAAAGAUCAUUCUGCUAUCUGAUGUACACAUCUGGAUCAACUGGAAAGCCUAAAGGAGUGUGUGGCACUGAACAAGGUCUUUCGAAUCGCUUUUUAUGGAUGCAAGGAAUGUAUCCUCUGAAUGGGCAGGAACUAUUGUUGUUUAAGUCAUCAGUUAGCUUCAUUGACCACCUGCAAGAAUUUCUCAGUGCUAUUUUGACUGCUUGUGUGUUAGUUAUUCCUCCUUUUGACGAACUAAAAGAAAAUAUAUAUUCUAUAAUAGAUUUUCUGCAGGCAUAUUUUGUUAAUAGGCUUACAGCUGUUCCAUCACUAAUGAGGACUAUUCUUCUUGGAUUGCAAACCCAUGAUAACAUGUGGAUGCGGGUUGAAAAAUCAUUGAAAUUGCUUGUGCUCAGUGGUGAAACUUUUCCUUUGAUCUUGUGGGAGAUGCUUUCAACUAUAUUACCAAAGACAUCAAUCUUGAAUUUAUAUGGAAGUACCGAGGUCUCCGGUGACUGUACAUAUUUUGAUUGCGAGAGGAUACCAUUGAUCGUGAAGGAUGAAAUGCUAACUAGUGUCCCAAUAGGUUUACCCAUUACUAACUGUGAUGUGAUACUUCUUGGUGAAAAUGGUGCAGCAAAUGAGGGAGAGCUAUAUGUUGGUGGUUCUUGCAUCUCAAGGGGUUAUUAUAAUGAAACUAAUAAAAUGUCUGAUGCAUUUGCAAAGUUGCCUCAAAGUUACAGUUGUGGCAAUUCUGUUAAUGCUUGCAGAGGCCAAUUAUACUUUAGAACUGGUGAUUUAGUCAAACAGUUGCCAAGUGGUGACUUUGUAUUUUUAGGAAGAAAAGACCGCAUUAUAAAAGUCAAUGGACAGCGUAUUGCCCUGGAAGAAAUUGAAGAUUUGCUAAGGGAACAUCCAUAUAUAAAUGAUGCUGCCGUAGUUUGUCGAAAUAAUCAGGCAGACCUUAUGCUUCUUGAAGCCUUUAUCAUAUUAAAGAAAAAGGAAAGAUUGGGUGAAUUAUUAAUACCUUCAAUCAGAAGUUGGAUGAUUAACAAACUACCAUCAGUUAUGCUUCCCAACCGUUUCAUCUUUAUGGAAUCAUUUCCUGUGUCUCCAAGUGGUAAGGUUAAUUAUGAGUUGUUGGUUGGCUCAGCAUUAUUGACAAUGAAUGUGAAGGAAAAGGUUGGUAACAUUGACUGCAGCAAUCUUCUGAAACUUAUUAAAAAGGUCUUUCACGAUGCUUUAGUGGUUCAAAAGGUUUCCAAUGAUGAUGAUUUCUUUACGAUGGGAGGUAACUCUCUUUCUGCUGCACAUGUUGCUUACAGUUUGGGGAUUGACUUGAGAUUUCUUUACUACUAUCCAAGUCCUUUUAAGCUUUGCAUGGCUCUUCUCCAGAAAAGAGGAUCAUGCUCUUUGCAUAACAGGUUGGAUAUUUGUUUUCAAAUGAAAACAAACAGACAAGAUGAUAUUUGUAUCAAUCAUGCUGAAAAUACUAGUCCUCUUGAAUCAAAGAUGAUUUUGAAAGAUAAUGAAGACAAUUCUUUUCCUUCUAAACGCUUAAAGAAGGGUUCUGAAGAUGUUGUAUCAUGGGAUGAUGUAUCAUUCCCAUGGCAUUCCCCUUCACUAUUAUCAUUCUCAGUUAGCCGAUGCAACAAGGUGUUGCAUAAAGGGCAGCCGGCAGUAACUGAUAUGCACCAAACAACUUGGUCUGCAAAUGUUCCAAGAGGUAGUAGAGGUCACAUGAAAGACUUUUGGAAAGUUUACAUGGAAUCUUGUGUUGAUGCCUCACCAUUGCUUGUGUUUAAAGGCACAGACAUUUAUUUGUUCAUUGGAUCUCACUCUCAUAAAUUUCUCUGCUUUAAUGCUAGAAGUGGUUCUGUCCAGUGGGAGAUCAAACUAGAAGGCCGCAUUGAAUGUACAGCAGCAAUUGUUUGUGAUUUUUCCCAGGUUGUUGUUGGAUGUUACAUGGGAAAAAUAUAUUUCCUUGAUUUUUUGAAUGGACAGAUCUGUUGGAUUUUCCAAACUUCCGGUGAGGUAAAAUCACAGCCAGUUGUAGACACAUGCAGACAAUUGAUCUGGUGUGGCUCUCAUGAUCACAACUUAUAUGCUCUUGACUACAAAAAACACUGUUGUGUGUACAAGCUACCAUGUGGAGGCAGUAUAUAUGGGUCACCUGCAAUUGAUGAGGCUCAUGGCUUGCUUUAUGUGGCUUCUACCAGUGGUCGUAUAACAGCUAUAUCGAUAUCGGCUUCUCCAUUUAAUAUAUUGUGGCUACAUGAAUUAGAAGUCCCUGUGUUUGCUUCUCUAGCUGUCACCCACAAUGGAACUGUAAUAUGUUGCUUGGUGGAUGGCCAUGUUCUUGCAUUGGAUCCAAAUGGAUCCAUUGUUUGGAAGAAAACUACUGAUGGUCCAAUAUUUGCCGGGCCAUGCAUACCUUCUGUUCUUCCUCAUGAGGUGCUUGUAUGCUCCAGGAGCGGAAGUGUGUACUCGUUCAAACUGGAUGAGGGGGACCUACAAUGGGAAUACAAUGUUGGAGAUCCAAUUACUGCAUCUGCUUAUGUUGACGAGCACUUGCAGCUGGAAUCUGACGCCUCUCCCACUUCAGACAGGUUAAUUUGCAUUUGUUCCAGUUCUGGAGGCAUAAACCUUCUUCGAGUGAACGCGAAUCUCUCCAAAGAUGCAAAUCAACAAAGACGGGAUGUGCAAGAAUUUGCAAGGCUAAACUUGGCAGGGGAUAUAUUCUCUUCACCUUUAAUGAUUGGUGGUAGGAUUUUUGUUGGUUGUCGGGACGACUACUUGCAUUGUAUUGCCCUUGAAAUUCCAAAGCAACAUGAAAGUUAAAAGCUUAUAUAAUUUAAACUUGUUGCACGCUA